AUGCUGCAGAAGUGUUUUGGGGCAGACGGACAAGCAGCGGGGCGAGACGCCUUGCGCGGGGUGUUUGAGAGUCAAUCCAGCGGUCGCCUUUGUCCAAAAAAAGUAAUAGAGCGCGCCAUUGGGCAACGUCGGACGUCCUCCCGCGGUGGGGCGAUCAUCGGAGACGGGCUGCCAUCAACUCGCCAGCAACAAGUCGUCACAGCUGUUCAUCGGUCUGGGCCUGUGGCGCUCCCCGUCGAAAUUGAUGAAGAUGACCUGAUGCAAAUCAAAGGUCGUGAGGGGUGGUACGAGGCAAGGUGGGCAGCUGUAGAUCAGCCUGAGUGGAACAAGGCAACGUUCAUCAGGUCACAACAGGUCACCCCCACGAUGCGCCUUGUCGUGUUGGAGAUCGAAAUAUCACGUGAGAAGAUCGCCCUGAGGAAUGCCUACAAGCACGUUGGCCAAACUGCAAACUUGAGGGUCAAUGGCUUAGAAAACAUUGUGACAGUGGCGAACUCGCCCUACAGUCAGCAGCUGAACAAGUUGCCACUGUUUAGUGUGAGAGGUGACCUUUUUGCUGGCGAGAUCAAAUUCGUUAAGGAGGACCUUCUUGUUAAGACCGAGCUUGAAGUUUUAGUGACUGAAGAAGAGGCUCCAGAUGUGUACAACCUGGUGGAAGGCGUUGAAGUUGAAGUGGGGCCGUUUGUGGGGGAGGGAAUUAACCUCCGAGGCGACAUAGCCGGCAUCUACAGAUACCCUACGAUUGUGAUCUUUUGUGAAGGAGAAGGGAUCGCAACAGCCAAGGCACUCAUUGAGUGCCCCUCAGAUGUCGUCAGUCUGAACCUGCCCUACCGAACAGAUGCCAGGCUAUACUACAAGGCACCCAAUCAGGACAGCCUGGCCUUCCAAGACAUGUUUGAAAAGUGGGAGAAGAUGGGUUGCAAGGUCAUAACCACCACAGGCACUUUCCAAGAGGCCUUUGAUGAUGACGACACGCUUGUCUACGAACCGGAGCUGACAGCAGCGGUCAUAUUAGUCGGCGGAGAUGAAGAGGCAGAGAAAAAGGCCCUUGCUGUUUGUAAGGAGGCGGAGAUCUCAGAGGUCGUCAAGAGCACGGACGAGAUGCCGGCACCCAUAUACUGUGAAACGGGGCUGAAGCAAAUAUAA